AUGACCGAUACACGCUUAUACACAUUCUCGCCAGAGACGAGAGAGGAACUGAGAAAGUUUCGCCUGGGAACAUCUCGAGCAAAGGAUCCUCAAGCCCGAAUCUACAUGAUCGACGUCAAAACAAAAGAAAUCCGCGCAGAAAGCAACGACACCUACUCAAAACUAGAAGACAUCGCCGACGAACUCCCCGAUUCGUCGCCACGAUUCGUCUUGUUGAGUUAUCCCCAUACAUUGGUAUCUGGACGUCUGUCCGUUCCCUAUGUUCUGCUUUACUAUCUUCCCGAGAACUGUAACCCUUCGUCUCGGAUGAUGUAUGCUGGUGCCGUGGAACUGUUCCGCAACACCGCUGAGGUGCAGCGUGUCAUUGAAGUGGAGAGUGAAGGGGAUGUGCUUGAUAUUGAGAAGAAGUUGAACAAUGCUAAUUAG